GUCAUGUACCCGCCAUUUUAAUUUUGAAAGGAAAGUGCGAGAUCUUUCAUCUACAAGAAAAGGGGGAUUUCUCAGCACAAAUUAAAGAUUGGCAAUGGAAGAAUUGAAUUUUUUACCAUCAGAGAUUGCAAGAUUAGUGCUAGGCUACCUGUCAGAUGAGGGAUAUGUCAACUCUUACAAGUGCUUCAUUAAAGAAUGUCCACAUCUACAGGAGUAUCUCAAACUGAAGAAACAGGGUCGGAACUACCCGCUAUAUAUCAAUGGAAUGACUCUCAACCAAAUGCUGCAAAAGUACGCGCAGUUUACAUUGAUAGAUUCACAGAAGAGACAAACUAUGGGCACCGCAGUGUUGUGGUCCCAACUCGAUGGUGUUAUAAGGACUUUGAAGGAACAAACAUCUUGUAAGCUUAAUCGUGGGCCUGACGGUCUGACACAAAGCACGAGAGUAAGGCGCAUGAUGCUGGAAAACAAACGCAGACGGGGUGCAGAGAGGCGUAAAAAGAAACUAGAUCUCUGCAGUAGAACUCCAGCCACCACAGCCAAGGAAACAUCAGCAGGCACAAGUGAAGAGCGUGAACUGGAAAUGGAUGCAAUAGACACAGGCAUUUCUGAGGAGGAGGGGCCACCAGAGGGAGGGAGUUGUAGAGUGUUGACUCUGCCCACUGAUAGUGACAACAAAGAGAAAAGUGGGAGGGGCAGGAAAUCACUGACUGACACCAGGAGAUACAGAGAUACAGAUGACAGGGAGACUGAGUUCAUCUUACAUUCAGCACCGCCUUCAGUCUCCUCCCACAUCAGACAGUCGUCACUACAGAAGUCCAGCUCAGUGUCGGAUCUGUUGUCAACAUCAGCUGUAAAACUACAGGGACUUCAGGGCAACAGGACCAAACGCACAACAGUGGACGAAACAAUCACCAAAAAGCACCCACAGAAUGUGGAGGGAAGAAGCACUCUGAGUCAUUUUGGAGCAGCACAGUCUAGAGGUGUUAAAGGACCACUUCAUGGAAGUUUGGAAAUGAAAGAUCAGGAACAUGUGUUAGAAGAGAGAGGUGUUGGUGCAGAUGACAGGGAUAAUUUUCCAAGUGAAUGUAGCCACGUCUUUGACAAUGUUCCACCAGGUGUUGCAGUGCAGUCAAACACUGUAUUGUCCAGUGUGGCAUCCAGUUCUGAGAUUAGAUUGCAGACACAGAAAGGAAACUCCCAGGACAUUGGGAACAGCAAAUGUGUUACGACUGAUGUACAAAAGACACACUCAAAUGACCAAAGUAUUGUAAGUCCUAAGCCAAUCAGAUAUGAUAAUGACCAAAGUAUUGUAAGUCUGAAGCCAUUCAGAUGUGAUAAUGACCAUAAAAACAAUGUUCAGGUUUUAGGUGGUGUUCUAGAAGGAUUACCUGUUGUAGACAGUUUACAACAGACCUCAACAUCCCCUCACCAAGGAAUGAAAGAUCAAGUAGACCAUGGAAUUGUUCCUCAAACAUCAUCUGGGGAGAAUAGCCAGGACUCGUCAGAAUCUCAACAGCCAAAAAGUCUGGAGAGGAUGACACCAUUCUUGAAGGCUCUGAACUUGUCUGAGACAAUUCAUAGUCCACCUCAUAUACCUUUGGAACAGACGGAUGAAGUGUCACAGAUGAGCACAGGAAGGACCCCACGUAGGAAAAGACAACCAAACCAGAAGAAAAACCCAAGGAAAGGGGGAAAUUUGAAUAACAGCAACAAAAACACGGAUGAAAAUUCCCUCCUGAUGGAAAACAUAACACUGUUUAUGACUGAAUUCCUCAAUAAUCCCUCUCUGCAUGAGCGGCUAGCAGAAAACAUAAAUAGAACUCUCAGUCAAAGAACGGACGAAAAACGCAGUCGAAAGAAGUCUGGAAAAACAACCAAGGGCGUAACCAGUGAUAAAUCAGACAAACUGGAAAUAACUUCCAUUCAUGAGGAGGCUGAGUCAAAUUGCAAUCAAAGUCUGGACUCACAGGGACUAACUGCAUUUUUAGAUGAUAUCCUGAAUUUGAAUGAGACACAGAUGACUGAGGCUCAGAUUGGGGGAAUCAUAGAAAUCACUAGCAAAGACCCCAGCUUCGAGUCCUUAUUUCACCUUUUUCACGAACCUCAUUCUGCCACAGAAAACCAGAAGACAGAUUUCAGUGGAAUUAAACUGGAAAUGGGAAAGGAGGCCUCCAUAACCAACACCAGUCUGCCAUCUUUUACUGAGCCUAUAGACUGUCCAGAGCCCAGUCGCACUUCAAGUGAGGAGAAUCUUAUUAUGGAAAUACUACAAUCCCCCCUUCCAGGUCCCUCACAAAACAGCUCCUACCAACAGGACAGCCAGACAGCAGAGGCCCAGAAGUCAGACUCAGCUGUAAACUCUUCACUCAUGGAAUGGAAUCCCGCUCACCCUAACCAGUCCACCACUACCCGCCCCGCAUCAGUAGAGUCAAGGGCUCAGAAUCAGCCCGGGUCCAGAAACAUUUUUGAGUCUUUUCAGGUGACAGAUAAACCAUCUAUUCUUGCAAAUGCAGAAUCGGAUGUUCCAUUACAUGAUCAGCAAAGUGAACAGAUCAAAACAGGUGAAAAUGUUGUUGCAGAAGACAAAAGUCCAAAAGCUCCCAUGCUUCCACUCGAAAAUUCUAUACCGUCUGCUUCUGGUCAAGAUAUUGGAGGUAGUCAUCAUCAAUCUGUGUGUCGUUUGGUCAGUAAUUCAUCAGGCAGUUCAGGCUGUAAUAACCUAAAAAGCUGUACUACUGUGGCCACUGAAGGGACUUGUACCAGGCCUAUUAUAAGUCGCGCUGAUUCGACAAGCUCUCCUUCAAUUCAAAAAGAAUUCAGUCAAAUUGGAUCACCAAGUGUAAAUAUUGUACAAGUGCCCUGUCAUUCUCCACAGUUCAAAAGUCCAGAUGUGCUUUCUAGUCCUCUCCAACAACCAUUCACGAAAUUGACGGACAAGGUGAACGUUUCUUGUGAUACUCGGCCAAAGAAAAAUUCAAUGCCAAGUUCCACUACUCAGAAUACAAAUAAACUGAAAUCACCAAUACAAAAUGUUGAACCAGCAGUGUUCCACCAUUUACCAAAACAGUCUCAGGAGUGUAUCAUACAUUCACCAUCUCCUGUGAGUGACAGGAGCAAAAUGUUAUCAUCGCCUCAUUCACAUUCUGAACAGUUGUCAACUCUUCCAGUAAAUUCCCCUCAUUCUAGUGUGCAAACCUCGGAUAUUCAGACUGAUUUCCAAAAGACCAGUGUAGUGAAUUCUCCCAUUAAAUGUUUGUCAUCAGUGAAGCAAACAGAUUCAGAACAGUGCAAUGUAAACAAAAAUACUUGUGAGAGACCCAAUCAUUCAAAAUCUGGAAAAUUUGAGAGAAAAAUAAAAUUCUCAUCGAGGAAGGACAGGACACGGGAAAGACUAGUCUCUAAAUCAACAAAGAAUCAAAGUGACCCGAAUCUUGUGGAAACUUUCGAAACCUCGGUAACAGAGACUCACGGAUUUCCGGUGAUUUCUAUUAAAAGUGUAUUGAAAUCUCCAGAGCAGACUUCUCGGCCAUCAGACAGAAUUCUGCCUGCAGUCACGGACUCUGCUUGUCAACAGGUGUCGUACCGAUCAUUUAUAGGAGGUGUUACUGGGGAGGAAUGUAGCACUCCCGUGACAGAGAGGUCGGAGGCUAGGGAUAGCCCCCACACCUGUCACAGUGGUGCCAACAGCGGACUACUCUCCGAGAUGAUGGACUUUGUGUCAACACUUGAGAAGAGCCUGGGAAAUGGAAAUUCCAGCAUUGAAAAGAGUGGGGAUCAAGAAAGCAGUGGGAAAAAAAGCAGUAAUAAGAAAAAGAAGAAACAAGGCAAAAAGGAAAGUGAAACUAGCUUAACCUCUCCAAAGAAGAUGCCUCAGUGGUCACCAGAUCUAAAGGCACUUCUUAAACUGGUAACUCCUGAAAAGAAGGAAAAACCCAAAAGAAAGAGAAGUGCAAAAGUGAUUUCGUCAGCUGAAAAACGUAGAAAUCCAAGGAGAAAAGUCCAAAGAAGGAAUGAGGAAAGCUUCGAAAAAGGCAAUACACCAUCUGAAUUAUCUCCCCUUUCUUCAUCUCAAAAAAUUCAGUCACCAGUUGUGAAUCAGUGGGAAAACAAUACAGAACCCGUGUCAGAGGUCAUUGAUAACCCUGAACCGGUGUCAGAGGUCAUUGAUAACCCUGAAGGGAAUACUCUGUCCAUGCCCACAAUGAAUAACUUCAUGUCGACUACAGUACAGGUCAAAAGCUUAGAGAAUGACGUAUCUCCAGACUCUGUUCAGCAGGAAUGUGGCGUUUCUGAUGAGGUAGGACUGACUCCAAAGACUAUACUCACUGCGGUGUCAGCUUUGAAAGACAACAAAUCUUCCUCCAGAAAGUGUCUUCAAACUCCUUCAAAUGUGGAACAGGGUACUGAACCCAAUUCAAAAGAAUUAUCCACUGUCCAAAGUUGUCAAUCAGCUACGCAGCCAAUUUCAAGUCCUGAAAGACAAAACACUCAGGGGUCUAAGCAGACAUUUUCUGUAGGACAAAACGAGGGGACCAUGGUUGAGAAUAUUGAGAAAGCAGACUACAGUAGAAUUAUGUAUUCACCGAAUCGUGACUUUCUGGCAUCACCCUCUCGUUACGAGAGCCCAGGAAUCGGUGCGUCACAUGGAAAUCUAAACUACGGAGGUGUUGGUGUCUCAACCGUUAGUAGUCAUCCGCUUGACAGUUCCAGUCUUGUUGUACCUCAUGCUAGUCAAAUAAUUACACCCCCUCCACACGCAUUGACUGAUACAGUGUUUCAAAAAACACCAACUACUUUGUCAGAUAGCGGCAAUUUUGCCUCGGGAGACACCACCCUGUACACGGGUGGGAUGACCUUCCUACCCAAUAGUGUGUCAUAUCAAGGACAAGUGCUGAGUGACGGGGACCAAGCAGUGACCUACAGUACCGUGUACUUGGACAACAAUGGAAUACCCACUGUCAUUCAGACAGACUCAGCAGGGCAUAAUGUUGUACCUACACAUUCAGCACUACAGGGUGCUGUCCCCUUACAACCUCCAGUGACGGAUAUUUUAUCCGUGGCUGCCUCAAUGAUCACCCCCAGUCCUCUGCAGACAAUGGAUGGUGAUCAGUUGAUCUCCACGCCUGAUGGUAGGGACAAACAAGAAAGUGUGGGUCAGCUUAUCGCCAUUCCAGUUGGUCGAUAUUAUCCCGAGAAAAAGCUCCACGUCAGGUCGUUAGAUUUUGGCCCAGAUGCUGGAACGGUAGAGAUCAGAACACCUGGGUAUGGCAGAGGACACAAGAAGAAGACGUAUGAUAAUGUUGAAAACUCUGCAAAACCAGGGGGACUGGUUAAUAAAAAGGUGAAGGGAAAGGCAAAGAGUGCAGGGUGCUCUAAAGGAAAGGCAAGCGUAGACCGAGGAAAUCAGGAAAUGGCGAUGGACCAUGCUAAUGCACCGGUGAAUGUGGUAGAAAAAAAGGAGGAAGUUAAACAGACCGUGUCUAAAAGUUCAGAAAAGAGUGAUUUCAUUCCCGAUGCUUCAGGAUCCAUAUACAUUGUUGAAGGAAACACCAGAAAGAAAAUAAGGGUAAAUAAAAAAACAAAAACUGUGUCACCUCUCUUCAGAUCAAAUGGUUUUGACCAGUUUUCAAACAUUGUUUCCGUGAAACAAGAGAUUUACAAAAAAGGCAGAAACAUCACGGUCCCUGCUGGGGUAGCAAUGCCAAUAUUGGACCAGUUGUCAACAGGAAGUGCAGAAAAUGAGGCGGAUUGUGAUGUAGAUGUGGAUGGUGACUGGGAGUUGCCAGAUUUACCGCCGGAACCUCCAAGAAACGCCCCCCCCAGGUCAAAGUGUUCAGAGUAUGUACAGAGAUCUGAGUACCAAACUCCUGUUAAGUUAUCGUCUGUUGGUGACUCGGCAUGUAGAAAACAACCAUCAUCUGUGAACAGUGAUACUGAUAGUUGUGACAGUAACUCCGGCAUGCAGCUUGACAGGAAUUCAGAAAAAGUUACCACAAGGCCCACUACUAUGGACAGUGAUUCACCUUGUGUAAGAGGGAUCUCUGGGAGGUCAGCUAGUGUGUAUGGUAACAACAGUAAUUCUCUCCCCGAUUUGGAGAGUCCCAUGUCGCUGAUUAACACGUCCACCCCUCCAAAGAAAAGGAUCACAGCUUCUCUUAAGCAUGGAGGAGGCUGCUACUUUUUCUCUUCAGCUUCCCAGGAAGCAAAGCACCAGGCUACGUCGGUAGAGUCGAGGGAAUGCGACACCACCAAAGAAAUUGUGAAAGUUGUGCGAUCUCCACGCACACCCAAGGGGAAGCAGACACCUGCCAAGACAGUCAGACAGAGUCCCCGGCUAAUCGGGAGUCCCAGUCGCAUGUUGCGGAGUAUGACCACACCCACAAAGGCUAAUCCCCAGGAAUCGGCAUCCCCCAAAUCAGUGGAAAGGAAGAAGAGAGUGAAAAGACUAAGGGAGGUCACUGUAGGAGAGCCAAGCAAGAUGCAGAGAAAAGGCAAAAAGGCACAAAAUGACAAAAAAGCUGUUGACCUAAGUAAAGUAGACUUUGAGAAAUUCCUCAAUAAGAUACACAAGAUAUAAGGUGAAUGUUCCCUUCCUCGGUGUUGGUAAAAGAUAGAAACAUGAUGGCUCCAUGUGGAACUACUGCUUACCUGCAUCAGAUUUAUUUAUAAAUGAUGUCCCUAUAAAUUAUUCUAUGCCUGUGCAAUGUGUUACGAUGUUGAGAUGUUUUUGUUACUAAUAAAUUAUUUAUACCACUGAUA